AUGAAAAGCGUACUUGUACUGUUGCUUAUCUUGGCCACUGCCGUGUUUGAUUCUAUCCAGGAGACACCACAGCAGAUCGUUAACAAAUACAACAACUACAGGACAAUCUGUAAUGGACUUGGAUAUCAGAACCUAAGUUGCAAAACGGACAAGAAAGGGACAGUUGCUUUUCAAACGACACUAAGCAAGUACUUGGAGAACAUGGGUAAUGAACAGAGAGUGAUAUUUGACAAGGUGACCUUGAACGAAGGAAAUGGCUAUGAUAAGAAGACAGGCGUAUUUACCGCCCCUGACGAGGGUGUGUAUAAAUUCAGCUGGACAAUCAUGACAAAAGGAGGUAAAUAUUUCAUCAGUGAGAUUAUACAUGAUGGUAAAAAGAUAGCAAGAAACUAUGCAGAUGGAAGAGGUCUCACUGGCUAUGAUAUGUCAACAACAAAUGCCAUUGUCAAAAUGAAGAAAGGCGAUAAAGUGUGGAUAAGAACAUACCAUAACUACGGCCAAUAUGCUUUUGGUGAACAUUGGGGAAAUUUUUCCGGAAAUAAGUUAUAA